AUGGACUCGUCUGCAAAAGAAUUGAUGAAUCCUCCUGCAUACAACCAAGGCAAUGCUAGUGAGCUGGAUCUCGAGAGUCAAAGUCUAUUGAGGAAUCCAAAAGACAUGAAUGACCAUUCCAAGGGGAAAGUUUGUAAAGUAAACAAGAAAGCAAUGCCGACAAUUCCUGAACUUGUCUGCUUUGAUGCUUCCUCCAGUGACUACCGCAGCAAACUAUUAGGAUUAAAAAACUAUUUUCUACCAAGAAAAAUACUCAUUUCUUCAGAACUUGAAUUAUUAUUUGCAACUGCUUUUGUUUCUUUCAUGAUCAUUAUGAUGAUAUCUUUUCUUUAUGGAUUUCGCUCUUUCUUUCAAGACCUAUCCUUGCAAUAUUCUGAAGAGUGUACUUUAGCUAUCGUCCUUGAAAUAGUAAUUGGGUUCUUUAUAUGGAUGUUGGAAUGCGUUCUCAUGGAAUUCCAACUUUAUGUGGCAGGGACUCUUAGUAUUUUGGUAAUCUUUAUUGGGCAAAUCAUUGCUUGUAUCGUUUUGGGGUCGGUUUUUAGUAUUAUAGGAAUGGUUUUGGCCAUAGGUACAGCAUGCAUAGGCGCAGACGAAGACGAAGAUUCAGUUCAAGCUGGAUUUAGAGAUCAAAUGUGGGAAUAUUAUGGAGCCUUCUUCAAUAAUAAAUUCUACCCCUGUUUAGAUUUUGUCUACUUUGGAACUGUAUUUGUAGUUUCUAUGUUAUUUGAUUCUUUGAUCAAGUUUUAUAGUCUUAAAGUCGAACGCUCAGAUGAGUUCUUCGAUUUGUCUACUUCUUUUAGGCGUCAACAAGAAAAUGAUGAGUUAGUAUCUCCGUCGUGUCGCAUGGAUAAGUAA